GUUGAGGAAGCGAAAGAACGCUCCAAAAAAAGUCUCAGCGAUGGUUUCGCAGCUCUUUGUGGUAUAUAAGGAUGCAAGGGCGCCAGCCCUCCUAGACUACAUCCGAAAUCGAAUAUCAGUGCUUGAGCUUCCUUCUUCUACACUGUCCAAUCCAUCAUGGCCCGAUCAAGCCUCCUGUUCAUUCCGUUGAUCGCGUUGUCGUUCGUGACUGCGAGCACACUGCCCAUUGUUGGACGCCACGAUUAUGAAGUCGCCAUCUCUACGGCAUCCUUGGCCGAUACUGGACGACUCGACCCUUUCGCUAAGGAUGGGAGCUUCCGUAGGAUCCUAGUAUCUUCGUUCACACCUAUCGCCGGCUGCCGAAGCAAAGAACUUCAGGAUUAUAUGCCACCGGCAACCGCGGCAUUCGAGGACGAAAAGUUCGGCGCAUACGGUCUGCCGAACGAGUCUUUCCCGGCAUUACAGCUCGAGACCUGUGUCUCCCGACCCUCUGCCUCACGUCGGCAGGGAAAGGAAGACGCGUUCCCGCUCAUCCUCUUUUCUGGAGCCCUUGGGACUUCACGCCUGCUGUACAGCAGCAUGCUACAAUCGAUCGCGGCGGCCGGUUAUUUGGUCAUCUCGCUAGACCAUCCCUACGAUGCCGAUGUAGUCGAGUUUCCGGAUGGUACCAUGGUCGAAGGUGUCGAUAUUAGCGACGACGAUCUCGAAGCGGCACUCACUACACGCGUGGAAGAUAUUGCCUAUGUGCACCGGCAGCUAGGCAACCAGUCCUUCGCAGAUGCUCUAUUUCAGGGACAGGGGAAUGGGUGCAAGAAAUCCCUUCGAAGAACUGCUAUCGUAGGACAUUCUUUUGGAGGUGCCGCUGCAGCAUCUGCCAUGCUACGUCUUCCGUCAAUUCGCGGUGGCGUUAACCUUGACGGCAGUAUGUUCGGAACUGUCCUUUCGACUGGUUUGAACCGACCAUUCCUGCUCAUGGGUCAUGAAAAUAAGACGCAGGAGACGGACCCAUCAUGGAAUUCGAUAUGGCCAAACUUGACAGGGUGGAAGAAAGAGUUUGAGGUGAAGCAGACCGCCCACUACAGCUUCUCGGAUCUCCCGCUCGUAGUAGAGACACUUGGUCUGCAAGGACAAUUACCUGAAGAGGCUGGACAGCUUUUGGGGACUAUCGAAGGCAGUCGCAUGAUGAACCUUACGGUCUCAUACGUAACACAUUUUCUGGAUUUCGUGCUGAAGAACAAAUCUGAUAGCGUCUUCCGCGGCAAUAACUUCCCCGAGGUCGUUCUUAGUGCCGAGCAGUGGGGUUGACAGCCAAACGCCUCUGCUACCACUGUAGCAAUCGAGCAAGGACUUCUUCUUUUCGCUAUUACAUCUAGGCGGUCGCUGUGGUUAGACGACAUCUCUUGUUGCAAUAUGCAUGCUACAUCUUUGGUGCUCCGGGCAGAGGAGUGGAGCCUGUUCGGUAUCAUGCUUUUGGCUCUUUCAACCUCUCAAGGACUAUCAUGUUAACUUCUAAAAGAACCAUACAAUUAUAUCUAGACACUUAUCCCUUUGGCCAGGUCCAGACACC